AUGGCAACAUAUCAGGAUAUCAACAUCCUAACAGACUAUUUGGGCGUGCCGUUCAACGUUGCGCUGGACGCAAUCCGGAGAGCGAACGGCAACGUCCAUAUCGCGGCUGAUCUUGUUUUCCGGAAGACCGAUCGUCGCCGUAGCACUAGAAGCGAGAGGGCUGGUCUCUCUCAAAAUCCUCUUGCUCUCUCAAGGACCUCGUCUCAGGAGACGACGGUUGUUACGAGCGAGUUCGAGUACUGUAGUGACAGGGACAACAGCGACGAUUUGUGCAGAACAACAGCCUGUGAUCCUGUGCACGUACUGCACCUUCCGGCUGGAGGCUCUAACGAGAGCUGGGAGGUCGCUGAUAGUCCUCACAGCCCGCUCGCGACGGUGAGUCUUUCCAUUUCGAGAUUAAUCAGAAGAGCAACUAAGACCGGAGACGUCCAGACCAAAACCAAGGCGCCGACAGUAGCUCCCAGGACUGAGGGAACGGACGUCGUGACAUCUCCUUGUAUUGGUCGCGCUCCCGGGACUGAGCUUCACCCCGAAGAUGGGAAGAAGAAUAGCACCCCUUGCGUCUGCCAGGAGGCAAAAAAUUCCAGAAUGGUGCAGUGUUCGACCUGUGAGCGCUGGUAUCAUUACGAAUGUGCUCACCUGGCAGAAGACAACAUGCCUACUGGCCCGUGGUACUGCCACUUCGAGGUGAAUGCUUCGACGCCGCCACUGGACCGCAACGGCUCCAAGUUCAACGAGCUGGAAUCGCGCGCCCUUUACCUGACCGUCAAAAAGCUCGCUCCCCUGGGCAAGGGCUUCUGGGAAAAGGUGUCGGAUCGGCUCCUCUCCGAUUUCAACAUCCGGCGGACGGCGACGAGCGUCAAGUUCGACUGGGUGAGAAACUCUAGCGCCAUCUGGGGGUUCGACGAGCGCACCGCAGUCCAGUACAGCGAGCGCCAGGAACAGGAACGAAAGACACUGCUUCGGUGCCAGAUUUCAGGCACGGUGAUGCCAACCAAGAUCGGCUUCCGGGCGAUAGGCGAGGGCUUACACAGCUCGGAGACGACGACUGAAGUUGACAUCCGCAAGCGUAAACCGAGUAAAGCAACAUGGCCGCCUGGUAAACUCAGGAACCCCGUUCAGCUUGUCGAUGGCGGCCACGAGGAGGAGGACGGAAACUUAGCUCUUAUUCGGCCUCGAAUCACAGCUAUGAAGCGCAAACGCGCCACGGUCCUCGACGACAAUGAGGACAACAACAUCAACACCGGCGUCGACAACGACUGUCCUGGCGUCUCAACUUUUAAACGAGUCAGAUCCGCACAGGAGGCUACUGGUGGCAAGUUUAUAAAAGGCGUCGAGGCCCUUGGGAACCGAGCGCCUACCGUCCCCUCUGCUUCUCGUCGUGCCGUUCUGGCUAGUUCUCACGUCGCUGCUUGGGAACAGGCCACAAACACCGCUGAUACGAACGCGGCCAUCGCAGUCCGGGCCCCCGCAUCCCCGGCGACCCUGAUGACACCAAGUCUCGCCGACACGGGUCGCGGAACUACGCAAGACGUGAUCAUCUUUGGCACAUCUGAUGACUCUUCCAGCCCAACGCCGCCCGCCGAAGACGCCUUCUUGCGUGGCAACGUCCUGCACGUCGUCGGAGGGGUAGAUACGCACAUCAGCCACUGGUUCUGCUGCUACGGACCGGCAAUUCAGUUCCAGAGCCGCUUCGAGGCGUUGGCCGAGCAUCGUCGGUCUGUGAAGGAAUACUUGCGGGACAUCGAGCCGGACCUGGACUGGUACGAGGGUCCUUGGGAGGGUGUGAAUGAGCUGCUGUGGACUGGCGACGAGGAGCACCAGCUAAGGUACAUGUUCGAAGAGGCCUGA